AUGUCAUCCUUCUCUACCUUUGCCGAACUUUACCAAAACGCCCUACGAGAAUGUAAACUUCGAAAACACUCCCUGUUCAAUAUUAACGUAUCAAAAAUUGGAUCAACCACAAACAAGAAACAAAACAAUUACUCACUCGGAAGGGAUUUAUUUCAUCUGUGGAGUGGAUUACGAGAUACCAUCCUAUUGGAUUAUGCAGUCCUGAAAGAUUCCGAUUGUACUGACUUGCAAAAUCUAUCCAAACAAUUAUCAAUAUUGGAAAAUAACAAUUCGGAAUUAUUAAAUAAUUUUCCUCACACGAGUCAUGAAAAUGUUAAUAAGUUAAAUUUUGGAAAUAUUGGAGUGAUGAUUAUUAAAUUCUGGAUGUUUUUUGAUGGAAAGAGAGAGGAAAUGAUUUUUAAUUAUUUGAUAAAUACUGAGAAAUUGAAACAGAGAUUGGAAAAAUUACAGAGUUGUGAUUUGAAUUUAAUUUUCAUUGAUAUUGAUGCAUUGGAUCGAAAGGAACCAUAUCUGGAGUGUGGAGAAAAGAUACAGAAUAAUAUUCAACCAUUUAUUCAAUUAAUUUCUAAUCAAAUAAUUGAGAAUUUCAAUAAUGGAAAUGGAAAAUGUGUUUUUGAAAUUGAUUUUUCCUCGCAUUUAACUCCAUCACUGCCAUUCCUUCCAUUUGAUGCAACUCUCAUGAAUGGAAUUCUUCUUAAUUAUCCAAUCAUUCUAUUUUAUGGAUCCAGAUUUCCAAUUCAGCAAACAUCCAACAAGAAUUUGAAAUUUUAUGCCAAUCAUGUAUUGAAUAAUAUCGAUCUGUACAGAUAUACCCUUUCUUGCACUCAAGAACAUCAAGAAACUCUCCUCCAAUUCAUCAUUCCUCAAUCAAUCUAUUCAGAAAACUCACAAAUGAUUGAUUCCACAAUUGAACAGUGGCUAUCCACUCAACAACAAUCCAACAAGAAACCUCAUUUACAACUCUCCAAGGAAACCAUUCAAUACGACAAUAUAGUCCUCUAA